AUGGCCCAUGGGUCUCUCUGGCAAACGGGCCGAACCUACUCCGGAAUACGAGUCACCUUACCCCUCCUGCUCGCCCCACCUGAUAUCAGCAUCCAUAUCGAAGUAAUCUAUCUACCAGCGUUUCAAAGCCGCCAUGCCGGCAUUGUCUUUGGAUUGUUAGGUAGGAUAUACGAUUACUCCUCUCUCGGUACCCCUCAUUCAGUCCCCUCAUUCAUUCCCCUCCCGACCAGUGGCCCUAGACCUAGACCCAUGGAGGUCACCAGACACAGACACAGUCUAGUCCAGCCUUACAGAAUUGUAGGUAGACUAGAAGAAAUCCAUAAAACUGAAAAUCAAGCAAAACUGGAAUAUUUUAGUAAAUUCGAGUCAGUCUGCAUUAUCUAUCCAUACAAUACAGAUAGUAUAAUACAUAUGCAGUUUAUACUGUAUACUGUGUACAAAAAAAUAAUAAGACUCAAACAAGCAAGUAAGGAAGGAAGGAAAGCAGAGCAGAGCAGAACAGAACAGAAAUUGCAAUCCUGA